CCGGCCUCGAACACGGCGACUGUACAAUAAUUAUUAAUCCUCAGAACGAGCCUUUCUGCGAAGCCAACUCUCUUCAGACUGCAAACCAUUGACUACCUAGAUACCUACCUUAAAGAUUGGACGAGGGUUCAGUCAUCUAUCUGUUCAGGGCGGUAAAGUGUUCUAAAGAUUCCACUUCCUCUCGGCCGCGGUCGCUUCGCCUCGCCACUCGCGACGACCAUACCAUGAGCGCCAUCCUCAGCGCGGACGACUUGAACGACUUCAUUUCGCCCGGCGUCGCAUGCAUCAAACCGGUCGAAACUCUACCCAAGCAAGAAGACUACAACCCCUACGAAGUCACCACCGAAGACAAAGUGGCGGCGCAGAACCCUGCGCCCGCGUCCAUCUCGUUAACCGACUGCCUCGCGUGUUCAGGCUGCGUCACGUCCGCCGAAGCCGUCCUCGUGUCCUUGCAAUCACAUACCGAAGUCCUCAAUACUCUUGACUCAUACGAAUCUCUCAACAUCCAAAAUCUUCUUCAACAACAAUCAAAAAACGGCCUCGGUCAUAUCAACCAUGCCCAUACCUCAACACCCAUACCUCAAAAUGCAAAACUGUUCGUCGCCAGCGUCAGCCCGCAGGUCCGGGCAAGUCUGGCCGCAACAUACGGCAUCUCCGAACGAAAAGCCGGCUUCAUGAUCGAACAAUUUCUGUCUGGCGCACAGGGGUUACGGAUAGGCGGCGCACACAACAGCAGUUUUACAUAUGUGGUUGACACGAACCAGCUACGAGAAGCAUGUCUGGUACUGGGGGCGGAGGAAGUGUCCGAAUCUCUCUCCAACAAAAAAAGACCAGUCUUGACCUCCGCUUGUCCCGGCUGGAUCUGCUACGCCGAAAAAACACAUCCUCACGUGCUACCGCAUUUAUCGUCCUUGAAAUCUCCACAGGCCCUCUCAGGAACACUGUUGAAGUCGGUGCUGAGCAAGACUCUGGGGAUCCAUCCGUCGCAAAUCUGGCAUUUGGCUAUCAUGCCGUGCUUUGAUAAGAAACUCGAAGCUAGUCGUGAAGAACUCACUGAUCGGUGGUGGCGGCCAGAGUCACAACAACAAGGCCAAACCACUACCCAACCGGUUCGCGACGUCGACUGUGUCAUCACCUCGCGCGAACUCCUAUCUCUCGCCGAAGCCCGUAACAUUCAACUCUCUUCACUCCCACUUACACCUCUCGAACAACCACCCUUUCCCGACGCCAGAAUAUCCAAUUUUUUGUUUCCUUCGCCCCGUCGGCGGCAGCAGCGGGCCGAACAAUCGCCCAACGCAGGCUCGUCAGGCGGUUACUUAUACCACAUCAUGGCCACCGAACAGGCCAACCACCCCGGCAGCACAAUCUCCAUUCAACGAGGUCGCAACGCCGAUGUCGUCGAGUACUUUUUAUUCUCUGCCGACGGGACCCAAACACUGAUGAAAUGUGCGCGAUACUACGGGUUUCGAAAUAUUCAAAAUCUGGUGAGGAAGCUCAAGCCGGCAAAACAGUCUAGACUCCCUGGUGCCGCGAGACGUGCCACUGCCGCCACUGGAGGAGCAGCUGACUACGCUUACGUCGAAGUCAUGGCUUGUCCAGGCGGCUGUACGAACGGCGGAGGUCAGAUUAAAGUCGACGAUGUCGCGGGUAUCUUGCCGCAGACUAGGGGCGAACAAGUCACUACUACGCCAGUGACUCCGCAAGCCCAAAAAGAAUGGCUGAAACGCGUUGACGAGGCUUAUUAUUCUGCUGAGUCUGAUUUCGAUUCCGAUUUCGAUGAGAACAUGCAGGAUCACGACGACAACAAUGCCAAAGAUAAUGAUCCUGAUGUCAACAUGACGAAUGGCCAUGUUUCCACUGCUGCUGUCAAUGGUACAUCUGACACUCCACACGUCAACAACAACCACACCAAUAACAACGACAACAAUUCUCUCGAUACUCCUGGGAACGUCAUCAACGGCAUAAAUGUUUCCGACGUUCAAGAUUUGCUGCAUUACUGGGCCGGAUUGGUCGGUGUGCCGCUGGAGAAGCUUGCCUACACGACCUUCCGGCAGGUCGAAAGUGAUGUGGGCAAGAAUAAGGCAAAUGGCAAGCUGAGCGAUACAGAACGGAUUGCUCAGAUUGCAGGCAUGAGCGGCGGUGGCUGGUGACUGUAACAUACUGGACGGUUGAGUUAUGACUACAUUCAACAUUUAUGAACACUGGGAUGAAGGAGUUUUUGCUGUAACGAGCCUGUUCAGAAAGGGGGCUACGGUAGAGGGAUCCUGAGAUAAGACAACUGAUAUUGUACAUUGGAGUAGCCUAGAGUAUCUACAUUGAAGACUAUGUCCCUAAGUACUGUCCACUUCACCCCUCGCUCUUGUCAAAGUUAGACACUCGAUUGAACGAUUACCCGG